CACGCCCUUCGUGCUCUCUCUCCUCUCCUCGCCAUACCUCACUCGCCUCCUCUUCCUCCUCCUCUUCUUCUUAUACUGCUUCUUAUAGGUUGGUCGGGGUUGGGAGAAGAAAAAGGGCAAGGUGGAGGGGGCGGAGAUGGGGCGGGAGGAGGCGCUGCAGAAGAGCCUGGUGGCGCUUGCCGCGCUGAUGGCCGUCGUCGGGAUCUGGACCUUCUCCCUCAAGAAGAUGCUGACCACCUACGCCUUCGGGAUCCUGGGGAUCGCCGGGAUUCUCUUGCCCGACUGGGAGUACUUCGACCGGGACUUCUCGCAGUGGUUCACGCCCAUGCCCGCUCGGAGAACCCCGGCCACCGAUCGGGCUCCCGGCAGCUGGAGAUUUAAGUUAUACCCUCUAAGGGUGGCAAUGAUCACCCUGAUCUACAGCUUUGGUCUGUACAAGUGGUGGAUGUUCGUGUCAAGCUAAUCCCUCAGCUUGCUAGCUUAUGAGGAGUGUUUUAGGAUCAGGCCAUGUUGUUCUUAUUUUAAUUAUCGUGCGUCAGGAUUUGCCCCUAAGAAGACAUGCAAUCCAGUUUUAGUUGAACAAUGUUAUAUUGUGACCCUGGCUUCGCAUCACAACAAAUUGAUGUUUUUGGCUUGUUUGUUUUC